AUGGAGGUCUACGUGGAUGACAUGAUCGUCAAAAGCCGAACCGACCAGCGGCUCAUUCCAGACCUGCAGGAAAUCUUGGAUAUCCUGUGGGACACCCGGAUGUGGCUGAACCCGAAAAAAUGCACCUUCGGGGUCAGGUCGAGAAGGUUCCUGGGAUUCUUGGUGUCCCGAGAAGAGAUCCGGGCCAACCCGGAUAAGCUCCAGGCUAUCAUGGGCAUGGCCCCUCCGAGGAACGUAAAGGAGGUCCAGCGGCUCACGGGGAGGAUGACUGCCCUGAGCAGGUUCCUCUCGCAUUCCGCGGUCAGGGGACUGCCUUUCUUUCGAAUCCUGAAAGCCCCCAAAGACUUUCAAUGGACUGAAGAAUAUCAGAAAGCCUUUGUCGACCUGAAAGCAUAUCUGGCCGAGCUGCCUACCUUGACCGCCCCGGAGCAGGGAGAAACCCUGUUCCUAUACUUGUCUGCCUGCAACGAGGCCGUCAACGUGGUUUUGGGGCCGGAAACGCGGUACACGCCGGCGGAGAAACUGGUCCUUGCCUUGGUACACGCUGCUCGUAAGCUCCGACCUUAUUUCCAGGCCCAUAGCAUCAUCGUCAUAACGGAUCAGCCCCUACGGCAGAUACUUACAAAGCCCGAGGUCUCGGGCAGGAAGACCAAGUGGGCCGUCGAGCUGGCCGAGCACGAAAUCGGCUAUCAACCUCGCACCGCUAUCAAGGCUCAGGCCUUGGCAGACUUCCUUGCUGAGGGGGCUAGCUUGACCCUGACCGAGCCAAGCCCUUUGCGCGAGAACAUAUGGCCGGAGGAGCCAUGGGUGCUAUUCGUAGACGGGGCCUCGAGUAAGGAAGGAAGCGGAGCCGGUCUACUGCUCACCUCGCCCACUGGGGAAGAGCUGACUUACGCGCUCAGAUUUGACUUCCCGGCAUCCAACAAUGAUGCCGAGUAUGAGGCCCUACUGACAGGAUUGCGGAUAACCCACCAGAUGAGUAUAACCGCGAUCAAAGUCCGGAGCGAUUCUCAGCUCGUCGUACACCAAGUUCGCGGGGAAUACGAAGCCAAGGAGGAUGUCAUGAAGAAAUACCUGGCCAAGGUACAGGAGGCAAUCACCCUGUUCGACACUUUUGAAAUCGAGCGGGUGCCGAGAUCACAAAAUAAGCUUGCGAACGCCCUGUCGAAACUGGCGUCCUCCUCGUUUGCCCACCUGAACAAGGAAGUCUUGGUAGAAUUGGUCAAACAGAAAAGUAUCAGCCAAGUUCAGGUCUUGGCUAUAGACAGCCCGACCACCUGGAUGACUCCCCUCAUCGACUUCCUCAACUCGGGUGCCCUGCCAGGAAAUAGGACUGAGGCCUGCCGACUUCAGCUCAGAGCCGCUAAGUAUGCCUACGCCGGGGGAAUCCUCUACCGGAGGUUGUAUCUGUCCCCCUGGAUAAAGUGCGUGACUCUAGAGAAGGGCGACUACAUCUUUCAUGAAGUUCACGAGGGCUUAUGUGCGGCCCAUGUGGGAUCCCGAGUACUGGCUAAAAAGUGCCUUCUCCUGAGCUACUAUUGGCCCUCGGUGUUCCAAGAUACCGCGGCCCUGGUUCAGAAAUGCCGAACUUGCCAGGUGCACGCCCCACUGCGUCACCAACCAGCCCGGGAAAUGGUCCCCAUCCAUAGCCCCUGGCCCUUCGCCCAGUGGGGGAUAGACCUCUUGGGGCCUUUCCCUCGAGCCCCGGAGAGAUACGAGCACCUUGUGGUAGUCAUCGACUACUUCACGAAGUAG